GUUCCCCAAAUUUCACCUAAAAAACGAGACAGUAAUCACUUUCUCUGUCUGGUUUACAACACUCGCACUCUCUUCUUCUUACACAGGGUUUCCAUUUUUAGCUCCUUAAAAAAAAACCCAAACAAACAAAGCUUUUGAGGAGAGAGAAAAAUGGGGAGAGGGAAAGUCCAGCUGAAGAGGAUAGAGAACAAGAUCAACAGACAGGUGACGUUUUCGAAGAGAAGGGCUGGAUUGUUGAAGAAAGCUCAUGAGAUCUCUGUCCUCUGCGAUGCAGAAGUAGCUCUCAUCGUGUUUUCACAUAAGGGCAAGCUUUUCGAGUAUUCCACUGAUUCUUCCAUGGACAGGAUCCUGGAGAAGUAUGAAAGAUAUUCAUUUGCAGAAAGACAACUUGUUUCACCUGAGCCACAGUCACCUGCAAAUUGGACCCUAGAGUACAGCAAACUUAGGGCUAGGAUUGAACUCUUGCAAAGAAACCAUAGGCACUACAUGGGCGAAGACCUUGACUCGAUGAGCCUCAAGGAUCUUCAGAAUUUGGAACAACAGCUCGACUCUGCGAUCAAGAACAUUCGAUCUAGAAAAAAUCAACUCUUGUAUGAUUCUAUCUAUGAAUUGCAACAAAAGGAGAAAGCAAUACAAGAGCAAAACAGCAUGCUAGAAAAACAGAUUAAAGAUAAGCAGAAAGAAGCAGUUGCAGUACAGCAGCCCCAUUGCAACUGGGAGCCGCAGCCCGACUGCGGCCACCCCGUGCCCGCGCGACCCCCCGCGCCGUUCUUGAUUCCCCAUCAACUCCCUUGCUUAAACAUUGGCGGCACAGGUGGAUACGACGAAGGCGAAGCGACGGAGGCUUCUAGAAGGAACAACGAGCUUGAUCUAACCCUCGACUCGCUCUAUUCCUGCAAUCUUGGAUGCUUUGCUGCCUGAUGAGUCGAUUUUUCGAUUCGAAUAAUUAAGGGGAAUAAAUAAAUUUAUGUUUAUGAGGGAUUGAUGAUCUAUUUAAUUAGGGUUUGGUACUAUUUAGACAAGUCUCCUAAGUUUAUCGAUUAGUGUAUUUGUCUUAAUGCUUGCA